GUGUGAAUAUAAAGUGUAUUUCGUUCUUCUAAUGGAAUAGCACAGGUUCUUCUAAUAAAAUUAGCAUUUUGUUUUUAUAACUUCUGUAGUCACGGUUCAUUUUAUUAUUAAUUCGACAUUUUUUUAUUGUUUAAUGAGUCUUUUUUGUGCGUUAGUUGUGCACCAUCUAAUGGUAUAGAUAUAAAUUAGAGGCUAUAUUUCAAUACGCUAAUGUCAAAGUAAUGGUCGUAUUCGUUUACGGCGUUUAUCGUUAAAUGUACGUUUUAAAUGUAAUUUCAAUGAAAGAUAGCUCUAUUUUGCAAACACGUUUAAAUUGGUCUAGAAAUGGAAUUUGUCAUUUUUCAACCAGGUCCGUGGAUUAAAAUAAUGAGUUUUCAAAUGAUUGGGUCUAGUAAUGUGUUAAAACGAUAUUGUUAAAAUUUCAAUAAAUCGAUAAUUCAUUAUAUAAACUACGUAUAUCAUAAAACUUAAACCAUACCACGCGGUGUAUGCGAUAGCGACUCCAGGAUUACACAGCAGCAUCGGGUUUCAAAUCUCAUACGGAACCGUACCCCUGUACGCGGGACUUACUAUACUGCUACGGGUUAAUAUAGCCGAGGAAAGCCAGAAAUGGCAGAUCAAUACUGUGGAGAUUGUAGUCCCACUGUAAUAAUUAUGUACAAUUACGUUUUGUACAUUACAAAAUCCGUUUGUCAAACCGAAUAAGAAUAAUAAUGAGUAAGAUUGUACAAUUUCGAAUUUAAGUUUGCACAAGCAACACAACAUUGUGGACUAACAAAAUCAGAAUUAAUACCAAACUCGACUUGAAACGAAUUGUUUUAAUUAUCUUCAUAACAUAUUACCGUAAAACAUUAAUUUAUAAUUAUCUGCAUAACAUAUUACCGUACAACAUUAACCAGUAAGAGGGUGAUACCCGAAAUACACUAUUAUAGCAGACCAAGGAAAUUCGCAUAUGUCGAAUCCCGGUACAAUUUCUUUUGCGAUUGAAACUUUUAAAGCAAAUUACCUUCGUUCCUGGUCAUUUAUUCUGCGAGUCCGCUUAAAUUAUCUGUACAGUACAACUGAAACUGUGUGUGUUCACUUUUAGUUAGUCCAUAUUUUGGGGAUUGGUGUCGAUCUUGUUGUGAGCGAAGUAAAUAGUGUGUAAAUUACAUGUGUGAUCGUUAACGUUAAGAAUUGUAUGAAAUGAUUGUCAUUGUGUCGAGAUUAAUGUGGAUUCAUGUUAUUAUGCCAUUUAAAUUUGAAUGUUGUUUAAAUCUCAUCUAAGUGGCAUUAAAUGCAUUCUGACCGAGACUUAAAAAAAAGCAUGAAAAACGCCUUUGUUGUAAGUAUUAAAAUUAAAUGUUACCUACUAGUUACAACAGUCAUCAUUAUUCACGUACUGGGGGAAACUAAAAAAUGAUCGAUAUGUGAAUACAGUAAUGUAGAUUUAUUUUGUUCUUCACAAAAUUUCAUCAGUACUAACUUGUCUUCUUUUACCUGGUGUCGCUUGAUUGGCAACAUAUUCUCCAAUAUCAUGUUGAGCUUGAAUCGCUCAGUUCUUUUUAUUGCUGUUCUAAGCUUAAUAUGUACAAUAAACGAAAGCAAAACCAACCAUCAGUUGAAUGGCGAAUGGUUGAGAAUGAGAAAGAGAAUGAAUAAUAAGAAAAUACAUAGAACAAUCCAUCGGUUCUGACAAUCGUGUAUAGCCGGUCAGUUUCUCGAUAGCCGGCCUUACCGUUGGUACGCUAUGCGUUCUCCAAACAGAUGUAUACAAACUAAGAUGCUGUGAGCAAGGGCUUGUACCAGAGCUUUUCAAUUUGAAAGUUUGAUUAAUUGAUUAGACUACCAAAUUCAGGUGCUGUUUGUAGCAAUUAUUUGUGUGAUUGCAGUGAGCGAAUGAUUGCCAGUUUCCACUUCACAGCUGAAAUAGAAGCAUCACGAAGUGUAGCACAUUCCGAACAUGUAUUCUUAUACCUAUUGGGAUAAUCGUGCCGGUCUUUUGUAAAUAAACCAACUCAUCCAAUGUAACCUGACAUUUCCGAUAAGCGUGUAGUGCUGUGUAUAUUGUGUUGUAUUAGUUUGAGCCUUAACGCUGUCAUAUAUACAUUUGGUAGUUUAAGCAGAUUGAUUAAAACAAAACUUCUUUCUGGCAUACAUAUUCAGUUUCGUACCAGCCAUGUUUAUCCCUGUUGCUGUAUUGUUAUUCCUUUUGGGUUGGUUCACCGUUACCUUAUACAGGCGAUACAAAAAGCUUCCUGGACCUUAUGGUUUACCAUUUAUCGGCUACUUACCAUUCAUUAAUCCUCGCAAACCAUACGAAACAUUUGCUCAACUCGCCAAACGGUACGGCCCUACAUAUGGACUGUGGAUGGGACAGGUGUACGCCGUUGUGUUAACUGACCAUGUUACAAUUCGCACUAUUUUGGCAAAGGAAGAAGCUACUGGACGAGCCCCAUUAUUUAUUACGCAUGGUAUUAUGGGAGGUUACGGAAUAAUUUGUGCUCAAGGCGAUUUAUGGCGUGACCAGCGGAGAUUGUCGAUAGAAUGGCUGCGUCGUCUAGGAAUGAUCAAAUAUGGUCCAACGCGUCUUGACCUCGAACGCAGAAUUAUUUCUGGGAUUAUGGAAAUCAUUGAGAAUAUUAACUGCAAAGCAAUUAAGGAAAAACAAGGUUUCAACCCAUCAGAUAUUAUUCAUCAUAGCCUCGGCAAUUUGUUAAACGAUCUGGUGUUUGGCAUUAAAUACGAAAAGGACAAUCCAACAUGGAAAUAUUUGCAACAUCUACAAGAGGAAGGCAUCAAGCAUAUUGGGGUAUCCAUGGCUGUAAAUUUCUUACCAAUUUUGAGACAUUUACCUUCCACGCGGAGCACCAUACAUUUUCUUUUAAACGGAAAAUGUAAAACACACGAAAUUUAUGACGCAAUAAUUGCUGAAGCACGCAGCAAAAUACAUACUUCUGAUUCACUUCAUGAAGAUCAACGAGAAUGCAUUUUAAAAUGCUUCCUGAAAGAAGCCACGAAACGGCAAGAAGCAGGACGCCAAGAUGCCGCGUUUUGCGAUGACAUACAGCUGCGUCAUUUGAUGGCAGACCUGUUCGGUGCAGGUGUCGAUACAACGUUCACGACGAUUCGUUGGGCUUUGCUUUACAUCGCCCUUUACCCAAUGGUUCAGCAGCGCCUACGAGAAGAGCUAAGACAAAGGUUGGUUGCAAAUGAGUCACCAUCGUUGGACGAUGUGGAAGCGUUGCCCUACUUGCGCGCUACCAUCGCGGAAGUGCAGCGUAUUCGAACCGUCGUACCUGUUGGUAUACCACACGGCACAACAAAGGAAAUUGAGAUUGAUGGUUUUAAGAUACCCGCAAAUACGAUGAUCAUCCCUUUGAUAUGGGCAGUCCAUAUGAACCCGAAACUUUUCGAUGCGCCCAACAUCUUCAAACCGGAACGCUUUUUAGAUCCAGAAGGGCGUUUUAUGACCCCAAGCUACUUUCUUCCAUUUCAGGUUGGAAAACGCAUGUGUUUGGGUGAUGAAUUAGCCAAGAAUAUUCUUCAUAUGUACAUUGCUCAAAUCGUGGUUCAUUACGAUUGGUUCUGCAUCACUCCCGAAGAUGCGUGUUCCAUCGACUUGACCGGAAACUGUGGCUUAACUCUAACGCCACCAGAUUAUCGUUUAGUGUUCACGAAAGCAACCAAACAUUAAACACAAACAUUUGUACUCGGAUUUUUUGCUUUUUUAUUUUACUCCACUUAUAAUGUACGUUAUUACUAAAACAACAAGGCCGCGAUUCGCAUCAUCAAAAAACAUUAUUGGGAAGCCCAGAUAUGCUUGCGUCUAAACCUAUUCAAACAGUAAUAAAAGUAACGAAAUAAAUAUGUUGCAGCUAA